AUGGCGUCCAGAUUAGAGAAAGAACUCUGCUGUCCGGUCUGUCAAGAUAUCUUUAAAGAGCCUGUCACUCUGUCAUGUCACCACAGCUUCUUUAAAGACUGUCUGCAGAGCUAUUGGACGGAGAAACAAACCAAAGAGUGUCCACUUUGUAAGAGAAGAUCUUCAAUGAGAUUCCCACCUGUUAACUUUGCUCUAAAGAGCGUGUGUGAGAGUUUCUUACAGGAGAGAGAUCAAACAGCUUCAGAGGCUCUCUGCAGUCUGCACUCUGAGAAACUCAAACUCUUCUGUCUGGACCAUCAGCAGCCAGUGUGUCUCGUCUGCAGAGACUCAGAAAAACACACCAACCACAGAUUCAGACCCAUCGAGGAAGCUGCACGACAACUCAAGAAGGAACUUCAGGAAACUUUGGAGCCUUUAAAGAAGAAGUUGAAGGUUUCUGAUCAAGUUAAAGUGAAGUUUCAUCAAACAGCAGAACACAUUCAGGUCCAGGCCCGACGCACAGAGAGGCAGAUUAAGGAGCAGUUUAAGAAGCUCCACCAGUUUCUAGAAGAGGAAGAGGAGGCCAGGAUGGCUGCACUGAGGGAGGAAGAGGAGCAGAAGAGUCAGAUGAUGAAGGAGAAGAUGGAGGCUCUGAGCAGAGAGAUAGCAGCUCUUUCAGACACAGUCAGAGCCACAGAGGACCAGCUGAGAGCUGAACACGUCUCAUUCCUGCACAACUACAAGGCUGCAGUGGAAAGAGUCCAGCAGCGCCUCCUGCUGGAGGAUCCACAGCUGCUCUCAGGAGCUCUGAUAGACCAGGCCAAACACCUGGGCAACCUGGCCUUCAACAUCUGGAACAAGAUGAAGGAUAUGGUCUCCUACAGUCCUGUCAUCCUGGACCCAAACACUGCUGGUACAGAAAUCAUCCUGUCUGAAGAUCUGACCAGUAUGAGACGAGGAAAAGGACAGCAGCUUCCUGAUAAUCCAGAGAGGUUAUUUUACUGCAGACCUGUUCUGGGCUCUGAGGGCUUUAACUCAGGGACUCACAGCUGGGAGGUCCAGGUUGGAGACGGUACAGGCUGGGCACUGGGUGUGUUAGCAGAGUCCGUCCAGAGGAAGCGACACAUAACUUCUGGAUUAUGGAGAAUACGGUUCCUUGAUGGUACAUUUAGAGCAGUGCACCCUUCACAACAACACACUAAUCUCCCAGUGAAGAAGAAGUCUCAGAGGAUCAGAGUGAAUCUGGACUGGAACAAAGGAACGCUGUCGUUCUCUAACGCUGAAACUAACACACACAUAUAUACCUUCACACACACUUUCACUGAGAGGAUGUUUCCAUAUUUUAGCAACAGGUUUAAUGUCCCACUGAAGAUCUCACCAAUGAAGGUCUCUGUGACUGUAGAACCAUAG